AUGCUGAGUUCAGUUGAACUUCGUCUGGCCUAUCCUAUUGACAAAACAGCUAUUAAACGACUUUGUGUUGAAUGUUUUCCAGUCCGGUAUCCAGAUACCUGGUAUGCUGAAAUAGUUUCCAGUGGACGCUUUAUGACUAUUUUGGCAUGUUUAAGUCAAUCCGAUUUUGAGUAUCUCAAAGAAAAAUAUGAUAUCGUCGAUAAUAUUGUCGGCAUGGUUGUUACCGAAUAUCGGUCUAUCAACAAUUGUAAGAUGAGUGAUAGGUCUAUUAUUCAUCCUCGAAUCGCUUCGGAAUCUGUAGUUAUGUACAUACUCAGUCUGGCAGUAACUAGGCAAUAUAGAGAAUAUGGCAUUGGCUCUCUCUUGUUAUCAAUAGUUAUUGACCAUGCAAGAGGGCAGAGAGGGUCCCUUGCAUUAAUUAACCCCACCAAUCACAUCCAGCGUCCAACGUGUUAUGGCGACCAUGAAUCUAUUUUUCUGGACCAAUCCUUAAGUGCCCAUCAAAUAGAGUUCGUGCAGGGCUUGCGCCACCAAUACAGGCCACAAUUUCCCUGUCGAGCAGUCUACCUCCACACAGAAUGUACAAAUCACACUGCCCUGAAGUUCUACAAACGUCGAGGUUUCGUCCUACACAGAUUGAUUCCGCGUUGUUAUGUUAUCAACGGGAGAGUUGCUGAUGGAUACUGUUGCGUCCUCCACUGCAAUGAUGGUUAUCCCUACAGCUCUCUAAUGUAUCCGUUCUGUUUACAUCAAUUUUAUUAA